AUAAAUUUGGACACCCAUGUCCGAUACCCUUCACUUUCUCUCUCCUCCAUGUUAAUCUGCAAAAUCACUUUCUCUCUCCAUAGUUGAAACUUCAGCUUCUUCAGAACAACAAAACCAAGCAGAAAAAAAGUGCUUCAAGUUCAUCACUGAUCAUCACGAUUUUGCAAUGCACCGCGUGGGUAGUGCGGGUAACACAAGCAAUUCAACUCGCCCUCGUAAGGAGAAGAGAUUUACCUAUGUGUUGAAUGAUUCUGAUGGUACAAAGCAUUGUGCAGGCAUAAAUUGUUUGGCUCUACUUACAUCUGCGGCAUCUGAUGGGUCUGAUUAUCUCUUCACUGGGAGCCGUGAUGGAAGGCUAAAACGAUGGGCGCUGGCUGAGGAUGCAGUGACAUGCUCUGCUACCUUUGAAUCUCAUGUGGAUUGGGUUAAUGAUGCUGUUCUUGUUGGUGAUAAUACACUCGUUUCUUGUUCUUCAGAUACAACUCUUAAGACAUGGAAUGCCUUCUCUGUUGGAUCUUGUACCAGGACGCUCCGCCAACACUCUGAUUACGUUACUUGUCUUGCAGCAGCAGGAAAAAAUUGCAAUAUUGUUGCCUCUGGUGGCCUUGGUGGGGAGGUUUUUAUAUGGGAUCUCGAAGGUGCGCUUGCUCCAGUCUCUAAGUGCAAUGAUGCUGCGGUUGAUGAAUCCUCAAAUGGGAUCAAUGGUUCUGGCAACUCACUACCUUUGUCAAACAUACGUACUAUCAGCUCAAGCAAUAGUAUAUCCGUGCACACUACUCCAACUCAGGGGUACAUUCCAAUUGCUGCCAAAGGACAUAAGGAGUCUGUUUAUGCAUUGGCAAUGAAUGAAGGUGGAACAGUUCUUGUCUCUGGUGGCACAGAAAAGGUUAUUCGUGUCUGGGACCCAAGAUCAGGAUCAAAGACUUUAAAGCUAAGAGGGCAUGCAGAUAACAUCAGGGCCCUGCUUCUGGAUUCUACUGGCAGGUAUUGUUUAUCAGGAUCUUCAGACUCUAUGAUAAGGCUUUGGGAUAUAGGUCAGCAAAGAUGUUUGCAUACUUAUGCUGUUCAUACAGAUUCUGUUUGGGCCCUUGCCAGCACCCCAACAUUUAGUCAUGUUUAUAGCGGUGGGAGAGACUUUUCAUUAUACUUGACAGACUUGCAAACAAGAGAGAGUAGUUUACUUUGCACAGGCGAGCACCCUAUUCGUCAAUUGGCUUUGCAUGAUGAUAGCAUAUGGGUUGCAUCAACGGAUUCUUCAGUUCAUAAAUGGCCUGCUGAAGGAUCCAACCCUCAAAAGAUUUUCCAAAGAGGCAAUUCUUUUUUAGCUGGAAACUUGUCAUUUUCAAGAGCAAGGGUGUCACUAGAAGGAUCUACCCCUGUUCCUAUAUAUAAAGAACCUGCCUUAACUAUUGUUGGCAACUCUGCAAUUGUGCAACAUGAAGUUUUAAAUAAUAAAAGACAUGUGCUGACGAAGGAUACAUCUGGUUCAGUGAAGUUGUGGGAGAUUACUAAAGGUGUUGUGGUUAAAGAUUAUGGAAAGGUUUCAUUUAAGGAGAAAAAGGAAGAGCUAUUUGAGAUGGUAAGCAUUCCCGCAUGGUUCACAGUGGAUACCAGGCUUGGAAGUUUGUCAGUCCAUUUGGACACUCCCCAAUGCUUUUCUGCGGAGAUGUACUCAGUAGAUCUUAACAUUGCAGGCAAGGCUGAAGAUGAUAAGGUUAAUUUGGGUCGAGAAACCCUUAAAGGACUAUUGGUUCAUUGGUUGAGAAAACGAAAGCAAAGAAUGGGAUCCCCAGCUCCAGCUAAUGGGGAAUUAUUAUCUGGGAAGGAUAUUGCCUCUAGAAGUAUUAUCCAUUCAAAAGUUGAGGUUGAUGGUAGUUCUGAGAGUGAUGCUAUGGUCUAUCCUCCAUUUGAAUUCUCAGUUACUUCCCCUCCUUCCAUUGUUACUGAGAGCACUCAUGGAGCUCCGUGGAGAAAAAAGAUUACUGAUUUAGAUGGAACAGAGGAUGAGAAAGACUUCCCCUGGUGGUGUCUGGACUGUGUUUUGAAUAAUCGGUUAACUUCUAGAGAAAAUACGAAGUGCAGUUUCUAUUUGCAUCCAUGUGAAGGCUCUCCAGUCCAGAUCCUCACACAAGGGAAGCUAAGUGCCCCACGUAUAUUAAGAAUAAACAAAGUUAUUAAUUAUGUAGUAGAAAAGAUGGUGCUCGAUAAACCUUUAGAUAACUUACAUGCCGAUGGUAGUUUUGCCCCUGGACUUGCUGGGUCACAGUCACAGCAUCUAGCAGUUGGGGAUGGAUCUUUCAGAUCUGGAUUUAAGCCCUGGCAAAAGCUUAAACCUUCUAUCGAAAUAUUGUGCAACAAUCAGGUGUUAUCUCCUGAAAUGAGCUUAGCCACAGUACGAGCUUAUAUAUGGAAGAAAUCAGAUGACCUGGUCCUAAAUUACAGAGUGGCUCAAGGCAGGUGAUCACAAAUUGCAUAUGCAUCAGAGGUUUUCUAUGCUUGUGUAAAAUACCCCCAAGCACCGGUUCUUCUUUUGUUGCGUGCAUUGGUUGGUGGCAUCGUAAGAAUUUUGUAAAUUCUGAGCUCUUAUUUAUCACCAAAUUUAGUAACAUUCUCUAAACCUGCUUGGAUAGUUUUUUUCUUUAGUGGAGAGCUGUUACUGUAAAUUUUGAAUAUAUCUAGCUGGUGUGCAUAAUCUUCAUCUGGCAUGAUCAAGAUUUUUAAUCGAUUCUGUUGAGAAUCACUGGGAGUCAUACUGGUAUAUUGGUUUUUUUUAGGAAUCAGGUAGUAAAUUUAGAGAUGACAACUAAAACAUUGUAAAUCUGAAUUGUGCGUUAAAUACCUGGCCUUUGAAAUUCUGUUCUCCAGGCUCCAGGGCAUGUUCGCAUCCCUCCGGACAUUUUCCUUAAUAAAAUUUGUUCAUUGUUAAUUGCUAUCAA